GAGGUUGAUCAACAAAAAGAAAGAUAGCUUUCACAUACUCUUCCAAACGAAGACAAAGCCUUUUGGGAUCAUUCAACAAAGACAAAGAUGACUUCUCCAUCAUCAUCUACCUUCAGACCAAAGUUAACAGAUCAAGAGUAUAUGGAGCUUGUGUUUGAGAACGGGCAGUUUCUUGCAAAGAGCCAAAGAUCCAAGGCCUUUUCUCUGGAGAAUCAACGUACCAAGUCGAUCGUGGAUUUGUACGAGGACGAGUAUAACGAGGAUUUCAAGAAGAGUAUUAUUCAUGGUGCGAUAAGAAGCUACAGGUUUGUUCCAGAACAUCAUGUUGUUAUUGUUGCUGCAUAUGAAACGAAGAUGCUGAUGAAUCAUCACCUUAAUUUGGUUCAGAGUUUGAAAGCUUCUUCAUCAAAGAGGAUUGUGGUUGAUUAUGAAAACCGAAAGGACAACGAGUUCAUACCACCUGAUGAGCAAUCUGUGGUUGCUGAAAGGUCGGUUGAAUUGGGGUUUGACUCUACAGAUUUUACUGAAGAUAGUGAAGGGUCGACGUAUAUAAGCAGUAGUGUAGAUGAUGAGUCAGAUGAUCCAAGGCCACGAGUCCCUGCAAGAACAAGAAAAUCUUUUGUCAAGAGAAGACGAAUCAACAGCAACGAGCUUUAUAACUCAUCUGAAAAAAAGCAAAGAAGCGAUAUCAACAAGAAAAUGCGCAAGUUACAGAAUCUACUACCUAACUCUGGCAAGGACGAUAACGAAUCAACGUUGGAUGAAGCAAUCAAUUAUAUGACGACCCUUCAACUUCAAGUUCAGAUGAUGACAAUGAGUAACAGAUUUGUUGCACCAGCAAUGAUGUUGCCUUUGGGGCCGCAUUACUCUCAGAUGGGUCUACCAACAUGUAUGCAAAUGGGCCUACCACAGUUUCUGCCUUCGCCUGUUCUAGGAUCUGGUGGUAACUCAGCAGAUAUGCUAAGGUUUCUUAACCAUCCCACUGGACUAAUAACGCCAAUGCAAAACUCUGCACUUUUCACACCAAUGGGAAACUAUUUCCCUCAAUCUGUGCCGCCGUCAUGUGCUGCUUUCCCUAACCAAAUUCAAAACUCCACCUCUUUGUCAAAUCUAGAUGACGCAAGAACGGAUGGAGGAUCUCUCUCAGGUAAGAAAUAGGAUACACGGUGAGCAGAUGAAACAGAUUGUGAUGAUAGUUAACUACUGAUUCGCCGAGACUUGUUAUUGUCCAAAUAAAGAGUGAGAACACUGGAGCCAUCUCAAGGUGAACCACACAGAUACAAAAGAGCACUACACUACAACAUCAGAACAAGUUACCAUGGAAGGAUCUACUAAAGUCAAGUCUCUCUUUUUUUAGUGCUGGCAUUUCUAUUCAUGUAACAUAUUGAGUAGAAUAAUAAUAAUCUCAACUCAAGAAGCUUUUGUUUC